GCCAAGCCAUGAAGAAUGCCCCCUUGCGACGGGCAACGGCAUGUCUUCGGCGGUCACCAUCGGCGUGCGCUGCUUCAGCAACGCCUGGAACGAGGAGAACUGGACCCCCGCGUCAGUCGCGGCUGAGAUCACGGCUGCCGAGCGCUCGCUCAAGCAGGCGCAGGAGCGCGACGCCAGGUCGGGUGGCGGUGGCGGUGGCAGCGGCGGUCGCGACAGUCGCGACGGUGACCGCCGGGACGGCGACCGCGACCGCCGCGACAGUGACCGCCGUGGCAGCGGAAGCGACUACCGUAGGCCUGGCAUGGAUUAACGGGGCAAGGUGACUAGGGCGAGAGGGCCCGCCCCCCUCACGCUGACGUCUCACCACGAAAGAGUCACAACCUCCGAAACUACAACCUCCAAGUCCUAGGCCGCUCUUCAAAGUCCACUACAUCCGAGCCUGCACCCCUAGCAUAUCGAGCUAGGGAAACGCCGCGUUGUAGUAGUGGAGCACUGCCAGUUCGUGCAAACCGAGGAGCCAUGGCGCUCCUCCUCGAGCCUUGGAUCUUGAGCCUUGUCUUGAACCUUGGACCUCGCCACUAAAUCGAACUUCUGCACCACGACCUUUCUAGGUUGCAGCGGGCAUAAGCCCGCAAUUGCCACUGAGGGCAAUUACCUAUCGUUCGUGGGAUCACCAAUCGGUUUCGCACCAAUCUUUCGCCUUUUGCAUAAUUGGGCUUUUAUCCGGAUUCGUACCCGGGUCCCUUCUGCCGUCAGGAUGAGUCAAAUCGCUAACUGAGUUAGCGAUCCGGUGAUCGCGGAGGCGACUACAAGAGGCGGAAAGGCGGCCAUUGAGGAGCAGCUAGCGGCGAGGCAGGGCGGGGGCCAGCGUGGAGCAGCGAGGCGUGGUGCUCGCCGGCGGAGGGGAGUCGUCCGGGCCUUUUUUCUCGCUCGUGGCUCGCCACGUUGCCCGCAAGAAGACGUGCCCGCGUGCACAGGGCCUCUGCCCUUACGAUUGUGAACUGUUUCGGCAAUUCGCAUGCUGAAGUUGAUCGGUGGAGCGCAAUUCGUUGGACCCCUGUCGCAAUGCGCCUUCUGCGCGUUUAUGAUCUUUCGUUGUUUGGGUCAUGUUGCACUCGGCAAUUGACGGUCGGUCUCUGCUCUCACAGUCGUGCGUGACGGACGGCCUUCCAUGGGCAUCGACACAUGUGUUUCGUUGACUCGCUGAUUCUGUUGUUCGUCCUUUAUGGGAGAGGCCGCUUAUCGUGAUUAUUCUCGAGAAUCUUUUGGCCAUGCUGUUUUGGCUGGGCUUUAGGCCUUGGAGGAGGUCACUUGGUGAUGGUGCGUGUCGGUGCCACCUCGGCAGGAAUCCUGGCACAACUCUGUAGCCCCGUGUGGUCCCUCGUCCCCUCGCCCUCAUCCCUACGGGUCGGGAACCUUUCUCAGCCAGCCAGACCAGCGGGAGGGCUGGUAGUCCCAAACAGCCCCAGUUCGUUCAGCUCAGUUUCGCUUGGUCACUAUCACUUGCUUAGCCAGCGCUCGCCAUCCCGCCCUCGCCCCGCGCUUAAAACGGGUCUGUAACCAUGCUUAGCU